AUGGUGUCUGCAAGUAAAGGACCCGGAGAGGCUGGAAUCAAACGCCAGAAAAAGAAAUCUAUUGCUUGUCGCCGGUGUCAUACACACAAGAUCAAAUGUUCUGGCGGUCAGCCAUGUACCAAAUGCCGGCAAGCAGGAUGUCCUGCCGAUUGCACGUAUGUAAGCCGUGAUCGUCAAAUCAAGGUACAUGAGAGCUACCUGGAGCAACUUGCUUUGGAGAAUGAACGGCUUCGUGCGCAAUUAUCCCAAUCGCCAGCAGGAAAUACCCCCGAAACAUUAGUGCCAUAUAGUCAGGACACCUCUACACACGACUCUGACACGCAUGUCCAGAAUCCGAUGUUAGGAGAACAAGCUUGGUUUCAGCCAUAUGAUCCAUCAGCACCCCCAAUUCAUAUUGGCGAGGCUGCUUGCACCGCGUUCGCUACUCGCCUUCGCCAGGUACUGAGCAAGGACAGCAAGACCUCCCAUAUGCCGCGAACACAAUACACAUCUGAGGCAACUUUGAUGAAAAUGCGCAACCCUGUUCUGCAAUGGCCAACCUUGGCCCAAGCUCGACUGCUCAUUCAGGUCGUCUUCAACCAAGUGGGCAGAGUCUAUCACCUUGUUCUCCGUAAAUCGACAAUGGAAGAACUAGAGGACGCCUAUCGCAAAGCAGAGUUCGAUGACCCGAUAACGACUUGUAAAUUCUUUGCCUUGUUUGCACUGGGUGAGGUAUAUUCAGCACGAACCAAACCGGAUCUUGAGUGUGGCGUUCCAGGAGCAUCGUUCUAUGUAAAUGCCAUGAUGAUGAUACCUAUCCUGCCCGAGCGACCGAGUCUUACUCAUAUCGAGUCUCUUCUACUCUUGUCUCUAUAUUCAUAUUUUUUGAACCGUCGCCACUCUGCAUUUCUUCUGGUUGGAAAUGCUAUGCGGCUAGGUUUAACACUAGGUCUCAACCAUGACAUUCCCGAAUGUCAAUGUCCUGACUUGGUUGAUCGGCAGCAUCGGAUUCGUCUCUGGUGGGCAAUCUAUGUCUUCGAUCGCAUGUAUGGAUCUAAAACUGGCUGGCCUAUCCAGAUCGCGGAUGAUGACAUUCACGUGGAGAUGCCAUCCACUAUACCAUGUGCUAUUAAUGAUGAACAAUUUUCUGAUACUGAGUUCUUGGUUGCGAGUAUUGAGCUUGCUCGGAUCAUUGGACAGGUCACUGAAAAUAUUUACAGUCGCAAGAAGCAGCCUGAUUCUUUCCUGCAAAGAGAACAGAAACUAUUGACAGCUUUGAAGCAAUGGGCUCAAUCUUUGCCACCACAUAUCCGUCUCAACCGCGAUGGAUCAGUUCCGAAAAAUGUUAUUUCUUUGCAUCUCCAAUUUAAUCAAUGCAUCAUUUUAGCAACAAGACCUAUCUUGCUAUACAACCUCAUCCAAUCGAAAGAGCCUCGUCAAAUCGACAAAAAUACCACACAGAUAAACGGUCAAACUUUGAAGACCCUGAGUGACGCAUGUAUCCAUGCUGCAAGGCACACACAUUCGCUGAUCGUGGAAGAAUGGACGAACGGCACUCUACCCGUCUUGGGGUAUUUCUAUGCACAUUAUCUCUUCUCCUGUGCGCUUACAAUGGUGGUUUCCAGUCAAAUAAACAAGACUAAUCAGAGUGACUUUGCACUCUUUGAAACCUCAUUUGAGAUUCUACGUGCUAUGAGCGACCAUGGGAACUUAGCAGCAACGGAGUUCUACGACAACCUAGCAUGUAUAAGAAGAUGCUUGGACAAGAAACACGGAUCGAGAAGUCGCCACUCAAUAUCGAGUCAUCUACAUUCUUACCCACCUGACUCGCACGCCCUUGAUGAAGGACCUUCAGUCCCUGACCCGGCCGCACGGGGCCUCGACCAGGGCCUGUCAGGCCACCACCCGAUGCUGCCCGAACCCACCGCACCAGGUAACCUAACAGAUGAAAUGGAGUUCUUAGGCGCUAGUAUGGAAGAAUUCCUUGCCCAACCUGAUAUCGACUUCGAGCCGCUAGACUCUUCGGGAGAACCGAUUAGCGUGGCGGAUGCGAUGUACUCGUGGCCAAAUUUCUCGCUUUGGACUGCAUGA